CCCACUCCUGCCUCUAUUUGAGGCGCUCCUCUGCUCCAGCCCUCAGAGCAGCAGGCGCCCAGUCAGCGCAGCUCUCUCCUGCCGCUGCGGAGCGACGGGAGUUGCGUUUCCCCGCAUUGUUCAGGCUUCUCGUCACUCGGCCAAGAUGAGACUCAUCGUCGUCCUCGUCGGAGCUCUGCUGGCAGAAAAUCUAGCGCUUCCAGUAGGAAAGGAAGGGCAGAGGGACGAUGCGAUGACACAGUGUUUGGUUGAGGUCCUGUCCAAAGUUCUGUCCAAACCAGGCUCCCAGCUGGACCAGGAAUGCAAAGAGAUUCUCCGAGCAGGAGUUAAACGUGCCCCACUGGACACGAAGAGUGGGGAGGGAACAGUAACUCAAGAGGAGGUGAUUAACAGUCAUGCUGUGCAGCCUGAUGCAAAGGCAGCAGAUGUCCAAGACAUCGAGGCACUCCUAAAGACUGUAGAGGAAAAGAGGGAAAACCCAGAAGAUGAGCGCAGUCAGGAAUCUUGGAGUCUCGGUGAUGAGAAGGACAAAAGACACGAGAACCAAAAGGAGGAGGAAGAGCGAGAGAAAAGGAGCAGCUGGAGACCGGGAAGAUUCCACCAAAAAAAACAUAAACGAGACGAGGACAACGAGCGCAGUCAAGAGAGCUGGGGGACAGAAGAAAAGAGGGAUGAGGAGGAAGGGGAAGGUGAGGAGAGAGAGAAGAGGAAAUGGAAACCUGGCAGGUAUCACCAGAAAAAACAGAAACGAGACGAGGAACCUGAAGACGAAGAGCGGGAAGAGCCGGAGGAAGAACGUAGCCAAGAGUCUUGGGAUGUAGAUAAAAGGCACGGGAAUGAGGAUCAGGAGGAAAGAUACAAGCGCAUAUGGAAACCCACACAUCGCUACCACCACAAGAAAAAGUUCCACAAACGCAGUGACGAACCAUCAGACGGGGAAGAAUACGACGAUCGCAGCCAGGAAUCUUGGGGUCUUGAUGAAAUGGACAAGAGGGAAUGGAGACCUGGCAGGUACCACCAGAGGAGGCACAAACGCGAUGAAGAGCUCUCAGAUGAAGAAGCCAGAGAGGAGCCAGAUGAAGAACGAAGCCAGGAAUACUGGGAUUUUGAUACUGGAAGGGAAAAAAGAAACUGGAGGCCUGGCAGGUACCACCAGAGGAGGCACAAACGUGACGAAGAGCUCUCGGAAGAAAAGAGGGAAGAUCCAGAUGAAGAUCGAAGCCAGGAAUACUGGGAUUUUGAUACUGGAAGGGAAAAAAGGAACUGGCGACCCGGCAGGUACCACCAGAGGAGAACCAAACGUGAUGAAGAGCUCUCGGAAGAAAAGAGGGAAGAUCCAGAUGAAGAUCGAAGCCAGGAAUACUGGGAUUUUGAUACUGGAAGGGAAAAAAGAAACUGGCGACCCGGCAGGUACCAUCAGAGGAGAACCAAACGUGAUGAAGAGCUCUCGGAAGAAAAGAGGGAAGAUCCAGAUGAAGAUCGAAGCCAGGAAUACUGGGAUUUUGAUACUGGAAGGGAAAAAAGGAACUGGCGACCCGGCAGGUACCACCAGAGGAGAACCAAACGUGAUGAAGAGCUCUCAGAAGAAAAGAGGGAAGAGCCAGAAGAAGAGCGCAGCCAGGAGUACUGGGGCUUCGAGAAAAGGCACGAAAAGGAAGACGGUGAAAUUGAAAAGCGCAUAUGGAAACCAACACACCGAUACCAUCACAAGAAGAAGCUCCACAAACGUGGCGGAGGCUCCUCUGAAGAGGAGGGCGAAGAGCAGAGGGGGGAUUCUGAGGAAUACAAAGAGGCUGCGAAGAGCAGGGAUGAAGCUCUGAGGUAUCUGGCAGAGAAGCGCAACCCCUGGAUCAGCAGAGGCUACUACCACCCGGCCUGGUUCAAAAGGGAUUCAGACAAACAGGCUGCAUCCUCAACCAAGAUGGAUGACCUGGCCAGCUUGCUGAGCUACAGGGUGAACGAGGUGAACCAUGCAAAUCCAGACGAGGCCAAAGUGAGAAUUCAUCAGCGAGCGCUCAGUCCACAAGAGGAGAAAGAGCUGGAGAACCUGGCUGCAAUGGACAUGGAGUUGCAGAAAAUCGCCGCCAAGUUGCAUGAGAACAGCGCAUAAGUGACAUUAUCAGCUACUGUACGUCUGCCAGUGUAGUGUGUUUAAAGUAGAAGUGUGAAGAAAAACAUAAAAAAAUAAGACCUGAAACUCUACAGCCUUGCUUUAAACUGGUUUUAUCAUUGUCGUUGUGCUAUUUAAAUGUUAGCUUAAUGCGCAUGGGAAUGGCCUUGAUGUUUAUACAUGAAGAGAAAAUUUAAUUACAUACGUAUAAGAAUUAACUGUUCAAGAGUCUGCACUCAAUAAAGAGUUAAACUGGGACCAAA